CUUUUGUAGUAGCUACACACCAUGAGCUUAUAGGCAGUUUAGAGCUGCACAGCUUGGCUGAAGGAGCGACAGUGCGAGAGACUUCGUCUGUUUUUGUCAUCAUGUUUGGAUCCCAGCUGCUGCUUCUGAGCGUCCUUAUGGGCAUGAGCGCCGCUCAGGGCUUAUGCGACCCAACCACCCAGUAUGAGGUUAAAGGCCAGUGCUGCUUGAAGUGUUCACCAGGAACAAAAAUGGCAAAUAACGACAACUGUGAAAGGCCAGAAUGUGAGCCAUGUGGCCCGGAUGAAUAUCAGGAGACAUACACCACUGAAAACAAGUGUGAGCCCCAGCCAUAUUGUGACCCAAAUAAAAACUUGUAUACUGGAGUCCAUGACAGUACGAAGAAAGCUGUCUGCCUAUGUAAACAAGGGUUCCACUGCUCAAGUGAAUACUGUGAGACCUGCAGCCCACACAAGCAGUGUGGGCCAGGAGAAGGAGUUGAGUCCAAAGGGGAUCAAACACAUGAUACAGUAUGCCAACCAUGUGUGGAGGGGACAUUUUCCAAUGAAACCUCCAUGUCUGACCGCUGCAUUGAACACACAAAAUGUCCGCCAGAUCACACUAUUGACGUAGCUGGAACCAACCGAUCUGACACCGUAUGUGUAAAGAAAAGCCGGGUCCAUGUCAUAGUUCUCACUGUGAUGGGAAUCUUUAUGGUUGCAUGUUGUGUAUUUGGAGUGUUUCUGUAUCGCCAACGUAAAUUACAUUUAGAGAAGGGGAAAAAAUUGGAGUGUAUUGAAUGUAUCGGACCGACGGCAACAUGCGGGCCAACUGAAGAAGCCUCACUGUUUCCUGGACCACAGACUCCAGUGGAAAACGAAGACAGAAGCAUCCCUUCUCAGGAAGAUACAAGAAGCUUUUCUACAGUGUCCUUCGGUUCUGCUGGGGAGCACGGAAGAAGUGAGAACGGAAAAAUCGUGUGUUCUGUGGAGGAGGAAGGAAAAACGGCCCGUCUCCCCCGUCAGGAAUCACAAGUAUCGAGUUCCUCUACCGUCGGCUUCAGUUAGUGAUGUAACUGGGGAGAAUUGGUUGUGUCAUAAUGGACUUUCUCGAACAUAAAGCUGUAUUUAUUGACCCUAAUGUGCCUGUAAAUUUUGCUGGAUCGAUGUACAGGAGGUUGAAUCAUUUGUCGUUGUUGUAUAAUUGCAUGUUGUACUUAGAUGUUCUACUUGUUGCAAUGAAACACAUUAAUGCUAUUGUUCAUGUUUUUGGUGUACUAAAGCACCGUGUUAUUAUAGUAAAAACUGCAUUAAAUUUUCUUCAUGUUUUUAAA